UAUUUUUACAUGCUCGAGAUCACUAUAAUUGUGUUUGGGCUUGCAAAAUGUAUAACAGGGAAAUUAAAGCUCAUUCUUAUCAAAGAAGGGACUCAAUUCAUCGUGAUUCGUGUCCCUCUAGCUGGCCUAAAGUUGGGAAAUAUAACCCUCAACAUUUUCUUCAUUUUCUCCUGCACUUUAUCCCUAUUCUAUGCUAUCCCAUUUCCUGUAAUCCGCCAUUAUAGUAUUAGGUUUAUUAGACCCCAGAGAAAAGAUAUUCUCAUUAUCCUCGAUCUCAACGACAUGGCAGCAAACAGCACCAUUGUCGGUGUUAUCAACUUCAUCACCUUGCUUCUCUCGAUUCCAGUCAUCGGAGCAGGAAUCUGGCUUGCAAACGAACCGGACAAUGCUUGCGUGAAGAUACUGCAAUGGCCUCUUAUAAUACUAGGCACCUCAAUCGCGGUCGUGGCACUGUUAGGCUUCGUAGGAGGGUGUUGGCGCAUCACUUGGCUCCUCAUCUUUUACCUUUUUGCAAUGUUCAUCCUGAUACUAGUGUUUGCUUGUUUGGUUGUCUUAAUCUAUUUGAUCACCAACCAGGGUUCUGGUCACCCAGCAUCAGGCCGCAUAUACUUGGAACAUGACCUUGAUGAUUUUUCCGGUUGGCUUCGUCGAAAAGUAACGAAUCCUUACAAGUGGGAUCGGAUUAGAUCUUGCCUUAACUCAACAGAUAUGUGUUCUGAAUUAAACCAAAGAUAUCGUAUAGCUCAGGAUUUCUUCAAUGCUCGGUUAACAUCUAUACAGUACGGAUGCUGUAUGCCACCAGCUGAAUGUGGGUACUCUUACAUAAAUCCUACGUAUUGGCUGACCCCCAACAACACAGCAGCAAGCAUGGAUUGCUUGCAGUGGAGCAAUGACCAAAUGCAGCUUUGCUUCCAUUGCGAUUCAUGCAAAGCGGGAUUACUGGCUAAUUUGACCAAAGAAUGGAGAAGCGUAGACAUCAUUUUGUUCAUCACACUUGUAGUUUUGAUAUGCGUGUAUUUGAUAGGGUUUUGUUUUGCUCUUAGGAAAUCCAAAACUGGGGAUACAUCCCCAAGACGCCACAAACAAAAUACAUGAAGGUCUUGCUUCAUGUUGUAAGUAGUAACUAGUUAUGAGCUAGUUCCAUCAUUAUCUUAUUUGAUUUUUUUUUUCCAAUUAUCCCCUCAUCUGAUCUGAACAAAAUGUUUGAACCGUAUAUUAACAUGAUUAAAAACUGUGCCUGCUAAAGUGUAUGGAAUA